GACCUUGUGCUCACGUGAUAUGAGUUUUUAUGUAACCAAACGUUGGUCCACGGGGAAAGUCAGUGGACUACCCACGAAUGGAAAGAUAAAUAGUCGAGUUAACAGAAGAAAUGCCAGUUACUCCUAACGUUGUAUUUUUCUAAAUCAACAUGUCGCUCCAGAAGCCAGCCGAGGAAACGACUGGGGAGAAGAGCGCUUUCUUCAUAGGCACCGAAAAGGACGACGUCCCCGAGCAGGAAAAUGAGGACUACCAGCAGCUCAUCCUGCUAAAAGCCAACGGUCUAGCCUCGGAGAACUCCCUUAAAGAGGCAAUUUACUGGUUCUCGGUGGCCUUGCGUUACGGGACCAUCAGACCCGAACAGCUAAGCACUUUUGUGGACUGUAUAGUGCGGAACCAAAGAGAAAAUGCAGCCUGCGGCUCGGACUCGUCGUUGAAGCGGGACUCGGAGGACCAGGACAGCCACUGGGAUAAAGUGUUCGACUGCCCCAAUUGCCAGAGCUUUUUAGGGGAACCCGUAACGUUAGCGUGUGGACACUCAUUCUGCAAGAGGUGUUCGCAGCGAGGGCUGUUCUCCAGGUGCAAGUUGUGCCACGAAGCAGUGAGACUCGAAGGCAAGCCCAACGUGAUUUUGUGCGGACUUUUAGCCAAAUGGUUACCCGUCGAGGUAAAACGCUCCAAAAGACUAAACGAAGUGGACGAACUGUAUCGGCGGAAACGCUGCCUUGAAGCCAUUCGCAAAGCGAGCGAUCUGAUCCAAGAAGAGCCCGAAACAACAGCAGAAGCACGACUCUCAAGAGCAGAAGCAUAUAUGUCCUUAAAAGAGUUUGAUCUUGCUUUGGAGGACAUUGAAUUUUGUCUUGCAUCUAGCUGUUCUGCUGAGGCUUUGUUUAGGAAAGCCAUGGUGCUUGACGAGAUGGGCAAAGUGGAUGAGUCUCUGCAAGUCUUUCUCAACUGCCUUGCUGUGGACGAAGACUUCCCCUGCGCAAAAAGACAAGUAGAAAAGAUUCUAUGUGACCUACUCUCUUUGGCUAAUGACAACGUGAAGGUGGGCCUAAGGGAAACAGCGCAGAAUACGUCGCAACACUUGCGCAAUAAAACCCUUGUGGCCAGCGCACAAGUCAAGUCACAUGAUCCAAUCCAAAGACAAAGCCAACGCCAGGUCCGUGCUGUGUCGGCACACCACCCAAAAGACAAGCAGAUGAAACGCCGGGAGAGUCUUGAGCGUCCCAGUCUGAGUAGAGCUCAUUCGUUGCGUUCUCAUGGCUCCGCCUCUGGCGAGCAGGGUCUGAAGAGGGUUUGCUCCGCCCCUCAGCUUGGUGACCAGGAGAAGGCGAGUCUGCUGAAGCGGAAGUUGUCCGUUUCUGACAUUGGGCCUUGCAUUGUGGCCAAUGGAAGCAGCAAGUAUAAAAAACAAGGUGUGAAAAAUUGCCAAAAAACAUCAGUCGCAGCUAAAACCUACAGAAGUGUUCGAAAGGAUCUCAUUGACAUCAAUGACCUUGAGUGCUCUCUCUGCAUGAGGUUAUUUUACGAGCCUGUGACGACGCCGUGCGGCCACACCUUUUGUAAAGUCUGUCUGGAACGCUGUUUGGACUACACGCCACAUUGCCCCCUGUGCAAAGAGAGCCUAAAAGAGUAUCUAGCCUGUAGAAAGUACAGUGUGACAAGCGUGCUGGAUAUGCUGAUCAAACAGUGUUUUGCUCAGGAGUAUGAGGAGAGGACCAAAACUCACCUGGAGGAGACCAGAGAGCUUUCUGACUUGACAAAGAACGUGCCUAUCUUUGUAUGUACCAUGGCGUACCCCACGGUGCCUUGCCCGCUUCAUGUAUUCGAGCCACGUUAUCGCCUCAUGAUCCGCCGCUGCAUGGACACUGGCACGCGGCAGUUUGGGAUGUGUAUUUACGACCCCCAGAAAGGGUUUGUCGACCAUGGGUGUAUGCUCAUCAUCCGCAGUGUUCACUUCCUGCCUGAUGGUCGAUCGGUGGUGGACACUAUUGGAGGCAAGCGCUUCAGAGUCCUGUCCCGAGGAAUGAAGGACGGUUAUAGUAUUGCUGACAUUGAGCAUUUGGAAGACACUCGGGUGGAGACCAGAAAAGAGCUCGAGAGCCUACAAGAGCUUCAUGAUGCUGUGUACAAUCAAGCCCGUGUCUGGUUCCAAAACCUCAAGAUCCGAUUCCACAACCAGAUCCUUCAGCAUUUUGGACCAAUGCCCGAGAGGGAAGCUGAUAUCCAGGCGACUCCUAACGGUCCCGCGUGCUGCUGGUGGCUGCUAGCCGUGCUGCCCAUUGACCCGCGCUACCAGCUCUCUGUCCUCUCCAUGACCAGCCUCAAAGAGCGCCUAGUGAAGAUCCAGCACAUUCUCACUUAUCUGCAGAGCAUCCCCAACAGUUAAGAGCUUCCUCUUCUCGUCCUCGCCACUCCGCCGAUUGGACGCUUUAAAGCGCCCUCACCCGAACUUGACACUCGCAGCUCCAAACCUACUAUGCUAAAAACAUCCUUGAGCAUGCCGAGACAUGGCCAAACCGCCUCAGGGAUUCUUCCGGUGACGCACAUUGUUUGUCACGUCAAACACGAGUCACACAAGGUGAAGCGGCUCUCGCCUUUCCAGAAUUAUGCAGAGGAACUUCCUGAUGUACGGUGACAGCGUCAAGCCUUGUGUACACAAUGAAGUGGCCAUCAUUGAGAUGGAUUGAGUAUGUUGGUUUGGGUCAAAUUUCACCUGUUGAAAGAGGUGUGGGGGGUGGGGGGUGUACGAGAUGCCAAUGGGCAAAUCCAGAAUGUUGCAUUAAAAAAAAAAGUAUUGUGUGUUGUUUCCAUGUGGUCAUGCUGAAAAACACUCAUGACAACAAAUUGUCAUCCUGAAUGUAUACUUGUCAAAAUCUUCCUCCCGCAGUGGACUAUUGGCUCCAAAAAUCUUCCAAAGUUCGUCACCUAAAACAGGAGAUAUUUAUGUGUCGAACUACUUCUCAAUACAACACUCAGAUACUCCCAAUGAAUUAAAUGCAUGGAAUACAAAUGGUUUGUACAUUCUGACUUUAUUUUUGUGUA